AUGGCGGAUAGAACUAAAAAAGCCACUCUUGAAUUGGAUGAAUCAAGAAACAGUGGAGGAAAUAUUCGCUUUCAAUCAUUACGUAGUUUACCAAAAUCAUGGAUUAUUGUUGGUGUUAUUUUUUAUUGUGCAUCUGUACUCACUGUUGGUCUACUAGCUGGUCUUGUUCCUAAACGAACACAACAUAUAACUGUAAUUGCGACGCCAAUGCCAGUGCUACCAAAUGCAACAACAGGAGCAAUAGUAACAGCAACAGCAACAGCAGCAGCAACAACAUCAGUCACACAAGACCCAUCUCAAUGUAUUAAUGAUGAAUGUAAUCCACGUUUAAUAAGUGAUUUAACGGUUGAUAGUUAUGAAUUAGAAUAUACAUGUAAUGAUACAAGACAAACAACUGCUGAAGGACAAGUGACAAUUGAAUUCAGAUUAAAACAACCAACUAAACAACUUAUUUAUCAUUCAAAAGGACUGAUUAAACUUGAAGAACCUGCUAUAUUUGAAGACGGUGUUUAUCGUUUUGUUUCCAUGAGAAAAUAUAUUCCUAAUGAUUAUAUAAGUUUAAGUCUUUCAGCUGAUUCUUUAUUUGCACCUAAUCGAUAUAAAUUAGUACAAAAAUUUGUUGUUAAUUUAACUGCUACUAGUCUUGGAUUUUAUCGAAGCUUUUAUAAAGAUAAUAAUGAAACAAUGGGAACAUUAUUAGCUACAAAAUUUCGACCAACUGAGGCUCGAACAGCAUUUCCUUGUUUUGAUGAACCACAUUUAAAAGCUACAUUUAAAAUUAAUAUUAUUCAUCCAAUGAAUACUAUUGCUUUAUCGAAUUUUCCAAUUAUUGAAGAAAACGAUGAAAAUGGUUUACGCCGUACAAUAUUUGUCGAAACAUUUGCUUUGAGUACUUAUCUUGUUUCUUGGGCUAUCCUUCCAGAUACAUAUGGAAAGAAAUUUGAUGAUAACGAUGAACCAAUGGUUACAGUAUGGGCUCGUCAAGAACCGACAAAUAAUAAUCAUACUUUAUUAGCACUUGAAACAGCUUCGAAUGCUAUUCCGUUCUAUAAAGAUUAUUUUAAUACAGCUGAUGCUUUACCACCUAAAAUUGAUAUUUUGGCUAUAUUUGAUCUUGCAUCGACUGCCAUGGAAAGUUCAGGUCUUAUCUCAUUUCGUGAAGAUCGUAUAAUAUAUGAUGCAAAAAUUGCAUCAACAUUUCAAAAACAACAAUUUGCAGAUAUAGUAGCUCAUGAAAUUGCUCAUUCUUGGAUGGGAAAUUAUGUUACAUGUAAGUGGUGGGAUGAUAUAUGGUUCAGUGAAGCUAUGGUUAGUUGGCUUUGUCGCAAAACAUUUGCAGUUAAUCAUGCUGAUUGGAAUAUGGUAAUACAUAUCUUUAAUUUUUUUUUUUUUUUUCAUUUUAGUGAUUUUCUUUUUUUUU